AUGUAUCAUGGUCAGCUCUCGGAUGAUGUUAAACUGGCAAACUUUAACAAGUGGAACAGUGGUGAGUCAUCUGCAAUGAUUGCAAAUUCAGGUUUUGGACUAGGAAUUGACAAAUCCGAUGUUAGAUAUGUGGUUCAUGCGAAGGUACCACCAACCAUUGAGGAUUACUAUCAGCAAUGUGGUAGAGCUGGUCAGGAUGGGCAAGAAUCGGUCUGCUGUAUGUUUUAUAGCCCUACUGAUAAGACAGCCUUAUUGCGUAUGUUUCACCAGCAAAAUUUGUUUGAGAAACAAACAAAACACCUGAAUGAUCUGAUAAUUCUAUUGGAAGAUCUUGUUCAAUGUAGACACAAGGAUAUAAUGACCUACUAUGGUGAAGAGCAUGAUGGAUUCAUGUGUGGUAGAAGUUGUGAUAACUGUAGAAAUUGUGGACAUUUUAUUGUAACUGAUGGUUCCUCUGAUGCCAUGAAAGUUGUACAAGCUGUCAUGGAAUUGACAGGGAAAGAAAUAACUUUUAACAUCUUAAAGUUGUUCUUGGCUGGAAGCAAUCAAAAGUCAAUCAAGGACAAAAAUUUGGAUACUUUUUCCACAUUUGGUGCCCUAAAGAAACAAUUCACUCUUGUAGUGUUGCUCCAAAAAUUUUUAAAGUUUGCUAAUUUAUCAUGA